AUGGUGUCACCGGACAACGUGUCGCUAACUACAACGAUAAUGCAGUCAGACGUCGAGUUGGACGGUGACGAGCCACAAGUCUUGCAAGUCGUGGCAGCGCCACCCGUACGCAGUGGUGGAGGCGAUGACGAGACCCUCUGCUCAAGCGACUGUGUCAACGCCUCGAAGCCGGAGCGGUGGGUCGAAAUUACGGAGCGUCUGGGCUCAGCGCUGAGCAAGGAGCUGUCUGCUGGCGGUGUACGCAAGCACGUUGACAAGUUGAAAAAAAAGAGUACCGAUCGAAGCGCGCAAAGGAGCGAGCCAUGUCAGACUACACCUAUGUAUACCGCAGGCCAAGAACCACAUAAGUCUGUCGACGAAAACGAGCUGGAGCGCUUGGUGGAGGUUUACGUUCAGAAGAAGGACAAUGAAACCUUGGUACAAAGCAAGCGCACCGAAUCCAAGACCAAAAAGGUUGCCAUGACAGGUCCUGGUGAUGCAUGA